AUGCUUUGUUCAGCGCGGUGUUCGUGCUUUCUCUGUCGCGAACUACAAUCUUGCCGUGCUGCCGACUCUCGGAAACCACCGCAAAAGUACAACAUGUGUGACAAUUUUAUUCUUAAAAAAGCUGACGCGUGGGAGCCCAUGAAAUUCAUCAGAGGGGCUGCGAGACUCUCUGUCCGUCACUGGCAGAAUCGAGAACCACCAGCUUCUGCCAAAACACGCGCUCCAACACAUAAAUCCACCAGCUGUGAACAACUGUAUCCACCUGUCGAGGAGAAUGGACCGUAUGGCAUACGAAAGGCUCCCAGUUCAGACAGAAUGAAACAAAGUGAUCAUAAACUAUUUAAACUACUUGGCAACUCUCGUUCUAAAAAGUUAAGUGAAUCAGAAACUAACAAAAAAAGUGUUUUGAACUUCAGAAAAAAUGAAUCUUCUAAUACUAGGAAUGUCCAUGAAAAAUAUAUACCACUGGCGAAAAACUCUACUUCCUUGGAGCACAUCUACAGUGAACCGAAAGCCUGGAACUCACAAAGCGAUGAAUGUUGUAAGCCCCCUGUUUAUCAAAGUAAUGAGAAGAAGCAACCUGAAAAUAAAUGUGAUAAAAAGUCUUUCAGCAAUCGUCCUCCAUGCUACGAUGAGUUAGCGAAAAGAUUAUGCCAGGACAAAAAUAAAAAUCAACAGUCAACUAGUGGACUAGCUAAUAAAAUAACUCAAAACAAUAAUAAAGUUGUAAUUUAUUUUGGUGAUUCGCUUAUUCGGAAGCACAACGAAGAAAACCCUGUUGUUCCGGCCGAGAGUAAUCCAGAAGAAGUUAUCUAUGCAAACGGAGAAAUGGAAAACGUUGAUAGAUCUAAGGCUGAUGUAGAUAAAGGUGGAGGGACCCAGCUAGUUUCCGAAAUACAGGUCCCAGAAGAAAUUUAUUGUGAGAUAAAGACUGAAGAAGUUCAAGAAAUCUCAGGAACUGUUGCAAUUAACAAUGCAACCUAUAAAAAAGAUUUAAAAGAAACAGUGAGUUCUGAUGGAUUUUUGAUUGUAGAGUUCGAAGGAAACUUCGAAAGAGCUCGACAGUUAGUUGAGAUUAUGCAUGGGUCUGAUGAGCAUCACGAGGCUACAGUGCUCGAUGAUGAAGAGCAGUGUGACUGGAGCUUUAUUCAAGAUUGGAGAAAAAGGCCUUCGAGUGGUGGACGUCCGACAGAAGAGGGAUGGUGCGGUGCGGGCGUGUCCGGAGCCCGCGCGCUGCGCGUGCGAGUAGCGAGCGCCGCGCCCGCACACGCGCGCCGACUGUCGCCGCCGCCGCACGCGCAUCGCGCCACCACGCCACCGGUACCGACGCACUCAGACCCACCUUCAAAACCAAAUCCUGAAGAAACCCAAGAGCCGGAGAGUCCAAGCACGGCACAAUUGAAGGCAGUGGCUGCAGUGUCGCAGAUCACUGUGGCCAGCGCCCCCGUCCGGAGUGCCCCGGUACAGAACAGCUAUGCCCUGGAGAGGCGAGUGAAAACCGAGCAGACCAUCGCUGAACCAGCUCCCGCUCAGGUAAACAAGAAUGGAGGUCGAGAGUGUAACAGCAGUUCUGAUGAGAAUCGUUCUUCGGGGCACGCCUCGAUGUCGGACAGCGGAGGAGGGGGGGAAGCAGCCCGCGAGGAACCGAGGCGCUCCAAGCAGGUUCCGCAUGCUAGGACGAAGCACCGGCCGCACAACAAGCUGCAGUCACCAUGGCCAGGGGGCGGAGGGCUUGAAGACAUCCGGUCUGCCAUCAAGCAGUUGACUCUCAGAUCACGAGACAGCAGCAGCACAGCGACAAGUGGAGCUUCGAGUGCUGGCGGGGGCAGUAACAAUGGAGCUCAGGAUAACGGCAGUGCAGCAGAUGCUCGACGACGUCGCGUUCCGCUGGUCCGGCAGCCGUCACUUGACACCAACGUGACCAGUGCCGACGAGUUCGUCUGGGUCGACUCACAUAAUAGGCUAGUCGAGCUCCGGUGCGUGCCGUGGAGUGCGGGCGACAUCUCGCGAGCGCUGCAGACGGGUCGAUGCCGUGACGUCGCCGGGCGCUUCUCCACUGACGCUCCGCCCCGCCUCGCCUACCUCUUGCAACGCGCAUUAGUUCGAGUUGCACGUGAAGCGCAGCGUCUGUCACAGAACUUCGGGUUCUGUUCGAAGCACGAGGUGGCCGGCGCUUUCCGGGUUAUUCUCAGCACACCCUUAGCUGAAUCUUGCAUAAAGGGAUGUCAGCGAGCGGCAACGAUGUACGCGACGUCUGGUGGCGCGGCGCGCAGACUGGGAUCAGCAACGCGUGCGCGCACCAGCCUGGUGCCUGGCCGCUUCCUGCGCUGGAUGCUGGACGUUCGCGUCGCAUCCUUCGUACACGAAUACGCUGCGAUAUAUUUAUGCGCUGGCAUAGAAACUCUACUAGAAGAGAUAGUUGUGAUAGUUGGCGCUGCAGCAGCCAACUCCCCGAUAACUCCAGCCAGCAUCGACCACGCCGUCGCAAACUGCGCCCACUUGUGGGGACUCCUACAGCCCUACAGUCAUCUAAACGCUGGCAGAAUAGCAUCCGGUGCAUUGUCACUGUCUCGGUGGGAGUCAAUGAGCUCCUUGGGCUCAGGAUCCGGUUCAUCAUCAGGCGCUCCAAGACCUGAACAUAAGCAACUAGGCCUUAGUCAUGAUUCCGGCAUAACCACAGGAGGCUCUGGCACUUCGGGUUCAAACACCAGUUCGGGCACAUCAUCGUCGGUCAGUUCUGGUGCGUCGGUGUUACUCACCACAUGCGCCGGGUCUGCUGCGGAGUUGAGAGCUGUACUCCGACAACUGGGUUCGCGACACCCGCCGCUGUCUCCGCAGGCUGAGCGAGCGCUGUACUACUUCAUGAGGUGCUCUCAGUUGGAGCACAGCACGAGCGGGUCGGGUGCGGGCGCGGGCGCUGCGUGCGGCGGCACCACGGCCGGCGGCCUGUGGGGCGAGCGCGGGGCGGGAGCGCUGCCGCCGCUGGGCGAGUGGGUGAGGGUGGCGCGAGCACAUGCGGCGCUGCGGCCGCCGCCCGCCGUGCCCGAUGCCGACGAUGUGCUGCAGGCCGCGCGCCUGCUGCUGCCGCACGCCGACUGUCCUCCGCGCCCCGUCACGUUAGAGGAAGCCAUAGAACCAGCAUGGUCUCGCUGCAGCCGCACUGGGGAGGAGUUAAGUCGCGCAGCACUGGGUCUGGCACAGCGGGCACUGCUGAGCGGACGUCCAGAGUUCCUCGGAGGAGUGCGAACGUUGCUGCCGCAGGGAGUGAACGCGACCGACGCGGCGGGGCUCACCGCGUUGAUGAAGGCGGCCUUGGCGGGAGACGAACAAGUCGUAGCGAUGUUGCUGGAAGCUGGUGCCGACCCCAACAUAGAGACCCCAGGAGCUGGGGCGCAACCUAACGCAUUACUGUCCCCUCGAUCCAACGGGAACUCUCCUUCUACGACCUCACCCAGGCAGUCGUCUCCUGCCAAUAGUUAUACACCGCCCACUGCUGGUUGGACAGCACUGGUAUAUGCAUGUAGCGGCGCAGGCGCAGGUUGUGUGGGGGCCGUCGAGGUGGCCAGGAGGUUGCUUGCUGCGGGUGCCAGGGUCGAUGGAGCUCCAGCCAGCGGGGAGGAUGUCUGCACCCUCACACCCUUACAGGUAGCGUGUGGUGUUGGAAAUUUGGAGCUAGUACAACUGCUGCUGUCUCACGGCGCGGAUCCCUUCCUCUCCACGCAGCUCAAUGACGCCCUUUGCUACUCCGCCGCGGCGCAAUACGGUUGUUACAGUGCCGUAGCGGUGUGCUGCACGCACGGCAGGCGCGCAUGCCUGCGGGCGGCGGUGCGGGGCGCGGGGGGCGGAGGCCGCGCCGUGUUGUCGCUGGAGGAGGUACUGGCGGAGGGAGCACUGUCCACGUCACGGCCGCCGCCCUUCUCCAAGCAGCAGCAGAGGGCGCUGCAGGACGCGAUGUACUGCGCCGCUGAGACCGACCAUCUUGAUAUAACCUUGGAGUUGAGAACUCUGGGUGUGCCGUGGUCCCUGCACGCCUGGACUCUCUCUCUGGCCGCCGCCGCCGAAGCCUCGCUGGAUCACGUCAUAGAUCAACUUCUACAAGAUUUCCUACAGGUUUGUCCGUCAGACGACAGCCAUUACAGCAAACAGUUUAUAUACGAGUGUCUCCCCCUGCUUUUCAAUAUCCUGAGAUACAGCAAGAAGGAAGGCACCGUGUUGCUACUAGCGGACAUCCUGUGCGCGUGCUACGGCUGGGAGGCGGUGCCCCCCGUGCGCACUCCGCCCCCCGCGGCGCCCGCACCCGCGCGUGUAGACCUCUCGUAUGUCAACAACCCCUCGCUUGCGGAUGUCACCUUCAGAGUUGAAGGCAGACUGUUCUACGGCCACAAGAUAGUGCUAGUGACGGAGUCGCCCCGUCUGCGAGCGAUGCUAGCCCCACCCCGCGCCUCGCACGAGGCACUUCCAGCCACCAACACCGCGUCUACACCUGCGCCGCCACUCGUGCAGAUCAACGACAUUAGAUAUCAUAUCUUUGAGCAAGUAAUGAAGUACCUAUACUCGGGUGACUGCUCCACGCUGGACAUCCCUGAAGCGGAUGUGCUGGAGGUACUGGCAGCCGCAUCGUUCUUCCAACUGCUGCCACUGCAGAGGCAUUGCGAAGCGCGCGCCGCUAAGUCCGUGGACCUACACAACCUCGUCUCCGUCUAUAUUCAUGCUAAGGUGUAUGGCGCUACGCAACUCCUUGAGUACUGCCAAGGAUUUCUGCUGCAGAACAUGGUGGCGCUGCUAACUUAUGAUGACUCUGUCAAAAGGCUUCUGUUUGGCAAGCGGCUGCCUGGCCACAACGUACUCGGGGCUUUGCUGGGAACGCUACAGAAGAGAAUUGAGUCCAGAAAGAACCAAGCAAAGAACAGAUAGCGACUAUGUUAUUAAUAAACGCGAAGUAAAGUUAUUCCAAAUUUCAAACUUUUUGUCUUUAAAAUAUCCAAAAAAGGCAAUCUGUUGUUGCUUUCUUUUUCAAAUGUGCAAUGCAAAUAUUUUACCGUGGGUAACAUUUUGUCUUUAUCUCACCUUUGUACAUGACACAGAGAAGUAAUUUUGAACUUGGAGUAACUUUUCAUUGCCUUUAAUAAUAAGACAGUUAAUGUUUAGUUUUGUAUUGAUAGCUUUUUUAUUUUAUAAAUAUUUAUAGAAAGGUUUUUCUAUUGUUGUGACGUUGUAUUUUUAUAACCAUUCGGUAGGUACUAAAGGGUCCGUAUCGAUUAGAGACCUACAAUGUCUGUCACUUCUUCUUAGUGGUUAGUUAGAUCUAGAACGAGUUAAAACAUGUCUGAGGACCGCCAUGAAUCUAUGAUAAAUCGGCUAAUAUUUGCGUGCAAGUAGAUGGGAAACUUGACUUAUGUUUACUCUGUCCUCGUAAAAAUUAAUUGCGUUAAAUUGAAUAAGAAAUCGAUAAAAACACUAGUUAUACAAAAAAAUAACUUAUCAAACUGCCUUAAACAAUAUGAAGUUCAAUUUAGGUUAUGUGUCAGAUUUUUUUUUCAUGUUUUUUUUGUCAAGUCUUUGAAACUAGUGGAUGGAUUCAAUACCUAUAUAUUACAGAAUUCGAUAGAGUGACUAACAAACAAAUUCAUUAUGAGAUUUUAAUUUAUAGGAUUAGGUUAUAAAUUAAAUAUCCAAAAAUGACUUAAUUAUGGAUAGUGUAAAUAAAAUGAAUUAAGUAAGUACCUAAGUAUAUAAAUAUUCAUAAGAAUUAUUUUAUAUUAUUUUAUUGUUGUCUUUAAAACAAUUUUAAAUUUUAAUUGUUUAUAUAUACAUUUUAUCAUAAACAGUGAUACUUCUAAUCUUUUUAUGUAUGCUUUUAUGGAUAUUCAGUGGUAGGUUUAUCUAUUGCUACCAUCGUUUUCGUCAUAGAGAUGUAAAUAAGAAAGAAAUUCCUAUUUAGAUUCUUUGGCUAUAUGCUGCAUUUCUAUCAUAAUUAUUAAUAAUAUAUUUGUAUUCGGGCAGAGGACUAUGAUUUACAAUUAUGCGAAAUUGCUGACCAGGGGAUGAAAAUAAGCAAGACUUGCAAGACAGAUUAUUACCUAUGCAUACUUACUGUGCAUUUAAUUAUAGCCCUAGCCUCUAUGAGAAGACAUAUUACAAUGUGGUUGUGCAGUGCAAGGUACUGUUGAGUAGGUACUUAAAAAAAUAUUAUUCUUAAUCAAUUUAUCGUUUUUUAUUUAUUUAUGUGUUUAAAUGGACACAGUAGGAAAUAAAAAGUUGCCUAUUUAACUUUUUAAAAUCACUUGCUUACCGGCAUUUGCAUACCUCUCCCCUCCACACCUCAUCUCGCCGCUCCUAUUCCUUCCACAACUCUCCUCUCCACAGCUCUUCCCCCACAACUCUCCUCAUCGAAACUCUCCUCUGCACUCAAAAAAUCUCUUGUCUGCACCUCUCCCCUUCACACCUCUCCUCUCCGUUAUUCUCCCCUCUACAUCUCUCAUCUCUGUACCUCUCCACUCAAAACGUCUCACCUCUACACCUCUCCACUCAAACAUCUCUCCACAUCUCGUCCUCCCACUUCGUGCCCGUCCUUACCUAGCCUUCCCCUGCGCCCCUCUUCUGCCCACGUACGCACCUAGCCUUCCCUCCUCCGCACCACGCCUCUCCGCCUGACACUUUGAAACUCUUUUCUUGCGUUAAGGCGACACUAAAUGCCAGCGACCUUGAGCGAUAUGAGUUCACGGCUGCCGGCCCGCCAUCUAUGUAACAAAGCCAAUAUUUUCAAAAUACUUGGGUGGAAAACAGUUUAUAUGCUUACAAUCCUCGUUUUUCAAUACUAAUCUGAAUAAAUGAACCUACACAAAAAAGUACAAGCUAUAAGAAUAACUUUAACUGAGAGAAAUACCAGAAAAAUGCGUCACGCCUUGCCAAAAAACUUGUUUAACUUCAAAGAAAAGUGGUAGUUCAAAAAGGAUCGGACGUGUUAACUAUAACCAACAGCAAACAUUAGAAAUAAGACUUAAGGAUAUGUGUAACAGGAUUAAGUAGUGUUCAUAGCUCGAAAUGCUAUACUUUCACCACAAACACCAUGUUUGCGUGUUUUCUGCUUACUCUUCGCCUUAAAUUAAUUAAUUUCUGAAAGCUUCUUUUAGCUGUAUAUUACUGCUGUAAAUAUUAUGGUAAGACGAAAGUAAACAUUAUCUAAUCAAAAAUAAUGAUAAUGUGUGAAUAGGUAUGUGUAAUAAUAAUUGUCUGUUUCAUUUGUUUGGGAAACAAAAAGUACAGCCUUAAGUAAUAUAAUUAACCUUUUGUAUCUAAGAAUGUAUUAUUGACUAAAUAUUGAGAAUUGAAAUAUUAUAUAAAACUAUUAAUCUUUGUAACUAUUGUUAAUAAAGUUUUUUUUAAACUAAGAAA